AUGGGCCGGUUUUGGCGUUAAGAUCACAAGCCCAAAUUCCUUGUUAGCUAAGCUGGAUCUGAAAUAACUGCUUUUGCUUUCUCUUUCCAAACUUGCUUGCUUUCGGAAAAUUAAUUCCAGCAAAAUGGAUUCAUCAACACUACUCUACAACGACCUCAAGACAGCAGAGCCAUUUUUCUUACUAGCAGGUCCAAAUGUGAUUGAAUCAGAAGAUCACAUUCUUUACAUGGCCAAACACUUGAAAGAUAUCACUUCUAAACUUGGGUUGAAGUUUGUGUUCAAGUCGAGCUUUGACAAGGCUAAUCGAACCUCGUCUAAAUCAUUCCGUGGUCCUGGCUUGGCUGAAGGCUUAAAGAUCCUUGAAAAGGUGAAAACAAUGUAUGACGUGCCCAUUGUUACUGAUGUUCAUGAAUCUAUUCAGUGUGAAGCUGUUGGCCGGGUUGCAGAUAUAAUUCAAAUUCCAGCUUUCUUAUGUCGGCAGACCGACCUACUUGUUGCAGCUGCCAAGACUGGAAAAAUUAUCAACAUUAAGAAGGGCCAGUUUUGUGCCCCUUCAGUGAUGGAAAAUUCUGCUGAAAAAGUGAGAUUGGCUGGAAAUCAAAAUGUCAUGGUGUGUGAGAGAGGAACAAUGUUUGGUUAUAAUGACUUGAUUGUGGAUCCCCGGAACUUCGAGUGGAUGAGGGAGGCCAAUUGCCCUGUCGUUGCUGAUAUAACCCAUUCAUUACAACAGCCUGCAGGCAAAAAGCUUGAAGGUGGUGGUGUUGCUAGUGGCGGUCUUCGCGACUUAAUUCCUUGUAUUGCCAGGACAGCUGUUUCUGUGGGAGUAGAUGGAAUUUUUAUGGAGGUGCACAACGAUCCCCUGAGUGCUCCAGUUGACGGUCCAACACAGUGGCCUCUGCGCCAUCUGGAGGAACUACUAGAAGAGCUUGUUGCUAUUGGUAGAGUUAGCAGGGGGAAGCAGCAAUUCAAAAUUGAUCUCACCCCUUUUCGUGAUUAGGACACAGAAGUUUGGCUAUCAAGACGAUGUCUCCAGUCAUUUUAGCUUACACGUGGCGAUGAGCUUCCUCCAUUAUCAGUUUGCUGCUAUGAAGACAUUACAGCGUGUAUUCAUUACUGUACUGAACAUAUAUUAAGUUUUCAUUAUUUAUUGUAAUUUGAUCCAGGAUUGAUUCAUUGGUGAGAAGUGUAGCACUUCCAGUGCAUUUAGAAAGCUACCUUUCAUUUCUACCAAUGCAGCUUCUUGGUGUGUGUAUUCUUAUAGUAUAUGAUUUUUAAGUCAGUAUACCAAAAUGCAAAAUGGUUGCAAUGAAA